CCGGGUUCCACCCUCAGUCCCCCGGCGGCGCUGACUGGAGCGGCUGGGACCGUUAGCUCGCUGGGCUGGCAGACUCGGGGCCCUACUGCACCGGCGGCGGAGAUGGAGACGCUGCGAGCACAGCGGCUGCAGCCGGGCGUGGGCACCGGCGGGAGAGGCACUCUCCGGGCGCUGCGGCCGGGGGUGACGGCAGCCCCGCCGCCGCCCGCCCCGCCCCCGCCGCCGCUGCUCCUGGCGGGGACCCCGGGGCUCCCUCUGCCCCCCGGUGCGGCGGGCAGUCCAGCCGUGCUGCGGGAGGCGGUGGAGGCCGUGGUGCGGAGCUUCGCCAAGCACACGCAGGGCUACGGCCGAGUGAAUGUGGUGGAGGCACUGCAGGAGUUCUGGCAGAUGAAGCAGUCCCGUGGAGCUGACCUGAAGAAUGGAGCUCUGGUGGUAUAUGAGAUGGUUCCUUCCAACAGCCCUCCUUAUGUCUGUUAUGUCACUCUGCCUGGGGGUAGUUGCUUUGGAAGUUUCCAGUUUUGCCCUACAAAAGCUGAGGCCCGGAGAAGUGCUGCGAAGAUUGCAUUGAUGAACUCUGUGUUUAAUGAACAUCCUUCCCGAAGAAUUACAGAUGAGUUUAUUGAGAAGAGUGUCUCUGAGGCCCUGGCAUCUUUCAAUGGCAACAGAGAAGAAGCCGACAAUCCAAAUACAGGGAUUGGUGCCUUCCGAUUCAUGUUGGAAUCUAAUAAGGGCAAGUCAAUGUUGGAGUUCCAGGAGCUAAUGACAGUUUUUCAACUGCUGCACUGGAAUGGCAGCCUUAAGGCCAUGAGGGAAAGACAGUGCUCUCGACAGGAGGUGUUGGCUCAUUAUUCACACCGGGCUCUUGAUGAUGAUAUUCGCCACCAAAUGGCCUUGGACUGGGUGAGCCGGGAGCAGAGUGUGCCAGGCGCACUGUCUAGAGAGCUGGCCUCUACUGAACGGGAGCUGGAUGAAGCCCGGCUGGCUGGCAAGGAGCUGCGCUUCCACAAGGAGAAGAAAGAUAUUCUCAUGCUGGCUGCUGGGCAGUUGGGCAAUAUGCAUUCAUCCAACUGCUAAGCAUCUACCCUCAGCUCCCCAUCCUCUUUAGGCCUUUUUUUGUAUAUCUCCUUUCUAAGACUUAGGAUGAUUUCUGUAUAUACUUCCUCAAUUUUAUACUAAAUAUAGAGAUAUAUAUGUAUGAAUUCUACAUCUGGAUUCCUGUUUGCUAAGAGAUCCCUUUUCUAACUUGCAGUUUUUGGAUUUAGUUACAUUUGAAAUAUCACCAUUUCACGUUAGAACUUUGUUGGCUCUUAAACCAACAGGUUAACUGUGUGAGUCAUUUCAGUACCAUAGUGUAAUUGACUAAGUGUUCAUGUCCUUUCUUUUAAAAUAGCAGCAAAGUGUGACGAUUCAUGGCUGUAACCUCAGUACUCAGGAGGCUGAGGCAGUUUUGCUAUCACUUUGUGGCCAGCCUGGACUAUGUAGUCAGUGCUGGGUUAGCCUGGGCCACAGUAAUACCUGUCUCAAACCUCUCUUCUCCCACAAAUUAAAACAGGCCAAAUAAGGGCUGUGUGCCCCACCCUCACCCUUAUCCUUGCCUUUCCCUAGACAACAGGGUUUGAGUGUAAAGCCUUUGGCUUUGGUUUAUCUUGAGGUGACCUGCUUGGUACUCCCCCACUCCUCACCACCUUUCUCCAUCUUAGCCUCUAAAUGCUCCUUUGUUUUGAAGUGCUAGGAUUACAGUGAAGCACCACCUCACCUGUCUUAAACCCUAUUUUAACUUUCCUUCAGUGAUUGAUAGAAGCCUUUUUCUCUUUAGAAGCAAUAUCUGUUCUGUUUAGUGAGGCCCAUGUUCCUCUCAUUUCCAGAGUUGCACUGUUUACUACCUUAAAUUUAUGCACCUUCUCAUUUAUUUUGUCUUCCUUUUGUCCAUAUUGAUUAUGAGUUGAUCAGGAAAAUUAGAUGAGAAUAUGGUAUUUUGAUACUUCCUGAGUGAAGCCUUGGAAGACUGCAGGAGAGGAAAGAGAACCAAUGAAGUAAGAAGGAAAUGAUCUGGCAUGCACUCAGAAAGCUGUGCUUCUGGAGAAAUACAUGCAGUGAGCUAAUUCCCCCUCAUUUUUGCGAUCCCCUUUAUUCACUGUACUUCUAAACUCAAUUUGGGAAGUUUAAUGCUACUAUGCUUGGACUUUCCAUUUAAGAAUUACAGUUAUUACAGUUUUUUUUUUUUUAGUAGAUUAGGAGCUGGACCUGGUGGUGCAGACCUGUAAUCUCAGCUACCCUGGAGGUUGAGGCAGGAGGAUAAUUUCAAGGUUCACCUGGGCUAUACAGUAUUGGGUUCAAGACCAUCCUGGGUAACUUCGAAUGACCCUAUCUUAAAAUAUAAAGUAAAAACAGGGCUGGGGAUAUAGUUCAGUAGUAGAGUGCUUGACUGUCAUGUGAGGCCUAAAUUCAGUCUCUAGUACUGCAGAAAGAGAGAGAGAGAGAGAGAGAGAGAGAGAGAGAGAGAGAGAGAGAGAGA